AUGCUUUUUUUUACCUACGCCGCUUUUAAAUACGACGUCGUAACCUUCACCCCUCAUAUGAUUCGCCGGAGCGACAACAUAUAUGGAAUCGGAGAACUGCAGAAAACGGAAGGGCGGCGACAGAUCGGUUAAACGGCGUGGCGGAGAUGACGGCGCCGUUAAGGAGCAGACGGCGGUGCCCGGGGACGAAGAAGUCGACGAGUUCUUCGCCAUACUGAAGCGAGUACGCGUCGCCGUCGAUUACUUCCGGGAGCGCGACGGCGGCGUCCGCCGCUCUGAGCCUCCUUCGACGGCGACGGCGACGUCGACGGCGACGCCGUGGAGUCCGGCUUUCGAGCAGGGAGAUUUCGAAGGAGGCGAGAAAAGGGGCGGUGGAAGAUCCGUACCAGGGACGCCGAAAUCGGGUCUGGAUCUUAACCGCCAACCGGACCCGAAUGAUGAUCCGAAGUAGUUUAAGGUAAGUACAAACUAGGGAUGGAUAAUUACUGAGAAAAUCACACUGACAUGUAAUUAAGUACGCUGGUUAAGGCGUCAUUAGUAGUUUGAUUUAUUACAUUUGUAUAUAUGACCCAUUUUCUUUAUAACGUGCAACUUGAGCCCAGCAUUGUAUGAUCCAUUUAUGUAAUGAUUUCCAAUCAACCAAAUUGAAUUAAAAAUAUAGGAGUAUUUAUUUAACAUAUAUAUAAUUUUUGAAAAAAAAUAAAAUCAUAGCGGCCCAAUAGGCCUUUUAGGUUAGAUGUCCAAACCCAGAUUUUAA